CCUUAAUUUGAGAAAUUGAAAAAAAUUAAAGUAUACCUCUUAAUAUAGCAUACUUGUCAGCAUAUAAAUAAAAUAUUAAAGUUAAAAUUUGAAUAAUGUUAAAAUCGGAAAUGCAACAUCAAUUUUGGAUUACCAAAAAAACUGUUCAAAGGAAACUUGGUUCUAAGGAGGACGAACAUAUUAUAUCUUCUGAUGCGGAACUUGAUGCUAAAAUUGAAGUUUUUAAAUCAAUAUCUGCAACUAGUGUAGAAUUAUCGAAAAUAAUUGAUCAAUACCAAGAAAGACUUUGCAUAUUGUCGCAAGAAGAAAGUGUAUUUGGACGAUUUCUGAAAGAAGCUGGAAAAAGAAGUAAAACAACUGGCCAAAGUAUUACAAACACUGGGAAAGCAGUUUCUUAUUGUGGUCAGCAAAGAAUGUGUGUACGUGUCCCACUCUUAAGAUUGCAACACGAAGUGGACGUUUUUCGUUAUCGCGCUAUUACUGAUACCCAAAACACUAUUACCACUAUGGAAAAAGAGCGAACGGAGUAUAGAGCAGCAUUAGAAUGGAUGAAAUCUGCAAGUACAGAGCUGGAUCCUGAUACAGGUCGAGGAUUAGAAAAGUUUCGAACAGCUCAAUCUCACGUACGAAAUGCAAAACAAAUCUUCGACAAUUUGUCCAUGGAUUCUAUUCAAAAGAUUGAUCUACUAGCAGCUGCAAGGUGCAAUAUGUUCUCGCAUGUUUUAGUAUCUUACAUGACCGAACUGAAACAAUUUGCACAGAAAACAAAUACAACAUUUGAGGCGAUUUCAAAGGCUCUGGAACAAAGGCCAAAAUAUGAUUUUUGUGUACUUAAGGAAUUGACACAACAUGAAGGAAAUUCUGAUAACUUAAACGACAGUAAGGGAUCACCAUUCGAUAAAGACCAAUCAUUAUUUUUUGCAAUCUUCCAAUAGUUCAUUUAAAAAAGUUACCUGCGAUUUCAUCAAAUUCGUUUUAUAAAUCUUCAAUUGUACCACAUGAAACCAAACAUAGUUAUGAUGUAAGUUCUAAACCGGUAUCUUCAAUUUCUAAAACAAGUAAAAAGAAAACAAAGAGAAUUUCUAAAACUCUUAAUAGGAAAUAUACUUCAUCAUAUAAGUCACGAUCGUCAAUUACAACUACUGAAAAAUCUUCUACAUCGAGUAACGUUUCCGAUACAAUUCAAAAGAAAAUUCCAGUCAACAAAUUUGAAAAUAUAUCUUCAGAUAUCACAUUUAUUGAAGGUUCAUGUUUUCAAACAGAUUCCCACAACAGCGCCAAUUUACCUAAUGUCUCUGAUGAAAAUUUAACACCAGAUUUAACAAAUGGGAGAACAAAUGUUAAUUGCAACCAAAGUAUUAUAGUUUCAAAUCAACCAAUAGUUCGUUUAAAAAAACUGCCAGCAAUUACAUCGAAAUCAUUUAAUAAAUCUCCAAUUAUACUACAUGAAACAAAACCAAGUUAUGAUGUAGGUUCUGAACCGUUUCCUUUAAUUUCCGAAACAAAUAAAAAGAAAAUUAAAAGAAUUUCUAAAACUUUAAAUCGUAAAAAGUCACGAACAUCAAUUACACCUACUGAAAAAUCUCCAAAGCUCCAAUAUAAAAUCAGUCGUAAAAAAUCGUCUAUAUCUGUUUCGAAUAACGAAGGUUUUCAAACAACAGGACACAACAGGACUAAAUUAUCUAAUGCCUCUAAUGAAAAUAUAACACCAAACCCCUCAAAUACAUAUAUAGAAUUUGACGUAGCUCAUAAUAGUACCGAAAUAAAUAACUUCUCCGAAAGCUUAAAUGAAUGUUUUGCUGAUUCUACAAAUGGGAGUACAAUAGCAAAGCCCAACGAAAGUAUUCCAGUUUCAGACUAUACGUUAAAUUCAAGCCUACUUAUUGAAACAAAUUCUUACAAUAGCACUGAAAUAAGCAGUUUUAAACAAAAUUAUACAGUAAACGUCUCAAAUAGUAUUGAUAGUAGCGUUGAAAUACAUAACAUAUCUAAAGAGUGUGCGUUUGUAACAAAUGAGAGCUUGUCUGAAUAUUUGCCUGACACAACAAAUGAUAAUACAAUUGAAAGCUUAAAUUUUAAUAACACGCCUAUGCAGGAAACGGAAAAAAGUGUGCAAGAGAUAACGUCACCUUUACACAUUUCUAGCGUAAAUAUUCCGGUUAGCAGCAAGUCUAAAAAACAUUUUUGUAUCUUUUGUAAGACAUUACAAACAAAAUUAGCAAGGCAUCUUAUACAUAAACAUAAGUCAGAAAAACAAGUAAAGGCGAUUUUACAUUUACCAAAAAAAAAACAGAGAGCGCGUGAAGUUAAUAGAUCAAUUGCGAAAAGAUGGGGAUUAUUUACAUAACACAACAAAAUCGCUAAAUACUGGUAUACUUAUUUGUACCAGGCAGCAGCAGUCUAAAGUAAAUAACGAAGCCAAUGAUUACGUUUGUUGCAAAAAGUGCAAAGGUUUUUAUUCUAAAAAAACUUUAAGAUUACAUUUACGUAAAUGUGGAGUUUUUAGUAAAAAUGAUCGAACAAAUUUAAUUGCUGGUAGAAGACUUACACAAUAUAUACAUGAAGGAGCAAACGAAAUACUAAAAACCAAAAUUUUCCCAAUUCUAAGAGAUGAUAAAAUUACUAGAGUCAUCCGGUAUGAUGAUCUUAUAAUUAAGUUUGGAAAUAAAUUAGCGGAAAAAUAUACUUUAAC